AUGUCUUCCUCAUCUGGAAACUCUCUUAACGCAUUCCUAUCGCGUUGCGAUAUCGGUAACCUGUAUAACUACACUUCGCGCGUUAUUCUGGAGCUGGCCCUCCUCGGCUACACAGAUGUUGCAGGGCGCCUACUAAGCAGUCUCAACAACCAUGACUUUUACCACGACCGAUUCGGAAGCCUUCGGUCUCUUUGGUUCCUCUGGAACCUCCAUGCGCGAGCAGAUGGUGUGUCGUGGCCUGAAGGCGAGGAAGAGAAGGUGCGACAGGCUGUGAGGAAGAGACGAGCCAAGACCAAGGGCGACGAUACUCGAACGGAGGAUGACGAAACAAUAACACCAGACGAUGUACAAGAAGAGCUGAAACUUUUCGCUAAAGAUUUUGCAACGAAAUGGUAUUAUCCCAUUGGUAUGCCAGACUCCGAUCGCGCGGUGGCAUUCAACACCCAUAAGCUGGACCGCCCGUCCACCACUGCUCAGAUGCUUGAUUACAUACGAGAUAUCAUUCAUAGCUUUGAGAUUGCACGUCCAGUAGCCAAAAUCAGGGACGUGAGGAGCGGGCUGGUAAGCGCUUUGGAUAUGGUGUUGUUGUGUGAAGCGUAUCAUGAACAGCACCCCAGGGACGCAACACUACGUAAGUCGGGCGCCCCGACAUCCUAUAAGCUAUUACAUUGGCUAGCGCACAGCCUGGGGGAGCAAUCGUAUGAAACCCAGCCAGCAAUGGAGUCUUGGCAGGUAUGGAAGCUAUACAAACGUGGAGCGCUGAGACAACAAUUCGACAUCGAUGAAGCAGCGCUUGCGAACUUCGCCCAAGACUUCGAGCAUACUGUGACCAAGCGACUCGCAAACGGUCGAAGUAAACUGAGGUCAAACCUCUCCGUCCAAGAACUCUUGAAAGCGGUAGAAUACAACACGCAGACCAACCCGAAGGCCAGACAAUAUAGUAACGCGAACGAACAGCCACCCGAGACUUCCCUCUUCAAUGCCCCCGCAAUAGAAUCCCAGAUCGAAGAAGCCGAGGCCCGUCUCAACAUCACUUUGCCCUCCGACUACAAAGCUUUCCUCCGCUUCAGCAACGGCUUUGGUUCCGCAUGGGGUCACCCACUAGGCGACUUCCAAACACCCCUCCACUCCGUCGACAAACUACGCUGGCUCGACCCCACUGAAGAAGACUACUUCACUGAUCUCUCGCUCGACCUACCAACCCGAUGGGAUAAAUGGCCAUUCGCCCCACCUCCAACAGCCAAGGCCUAUGCCUGCGACGACGUUUCGGAGCAUUUUCUCAUUGGUCGUGCCUUGGAGAUUGGUACACAGGAGAUUGAUAAUACGUGGCUCCUCCCGCCUUCCACCAUCAUGCCGAUAAAGCAGGCUGUGAAGAAGAUGCUGGACGACGGGAGCUUAGGUGAACGCGAAAAGAAUAGUGUGAGAGCCGCAAUAAGGGAUUUCGCGGGUAGCGAAGAGGAGUGGGAAGAGAUGGAGUGGGCGUGUGCUACUUGGGCUAGUGGAGGGGUGGCGGCUAUGUAUGUUUAUCCGGGGUUUAGGACGUGGCUUGAGGAUGUUGUGGAGAAGGGGAAGGUUGGGUUGGAUGGUGAGGAGGAGGAAGAGAAAGAGAAUUUGUUUAAGCGUGGCAUGUGGUUGGGGAGGGUGUUUGAGACAAGAGAAAGUGGGGGCAAGUUUGACGCGGAUGGGGAUGGGGAGGAACUGCCGGGGUGGUUGAAGGAUGCUAUCAGAGCGGCGAUGCCGACAAGAAGGUAG